AUAUGAUACCACUUGGGAAACAGAUACAGCCAGACAGCCUUGAGAACUUGAGAAGAGGGCAACCGCAUUUUUGGAAACCUCACCUGAGCCUUCCAUUACCAUAGCUACAAAAGAACAUUUACAAAGGUCUCCUGAGAGUCAAUAAAGCCUAAGAAAGGGUUGUAAGACUGCUGAAACAAUGGAGAAUUACAAAGUCCUAGAGGCCAUAGGCCAAGGCUCUUUUGGCCGAGUGUUCAGAGGAAAGUGCUUAUCAACAGGACAAAUUGUAGCUCUGAAGUUCAUCCCAAAGAGAAAUAAAGUUGAAAGAGAACUGAGGAGCCUAAGGAGGGAAUGCGAGAUCCAGAGAGGCCUAGCACAUCCCAAUAUCGUUCAGAUGUGUGACUCCUUUGAAACAGAGAAUGAAGUUGUAGCAGUUAGUGAGUAUGUUCCCGGACAGCUAUUCCAACUUCUAGAAUCAAAUGGGCCCUUACCAGAGGAGAGAGUGAGACAAAUCUCUUGUAACCUUGUGUCUGCCAUUUACUAUUUGCAUUCCCAUAGGAUCCUGCACAGAGACAUAAAACCUCAGAAUAUAUUAAUAUCAUCUUCAGGUGAAGCAAAACUCUGCGACUUUGGAUUUUCUAGGAAGAUGGGUAUUAAUACGUAUGUUCUUACAUCUAUAAAAGGUACGCCUUUGUAUAUGGCACCUGAGCUCAUAGAAGAAAAGCCAUAUGACCAUACAGCAGAUCUGUGGUCACUUGGUUGUAUUCUGUUUGAACUGCUGACUGGAAAACCACCUUUCUGCACAACAUCUAUUGUCCAGUUAGUUAAGAUGGUUAGAACAGAACCAGUGAAUUGGCUGCAGGGAUGGAGUUCAGAUUGUACUUCAUUUCUCCAGGGCCUGUUGGAGAAAGAUCCAGCUGACAGAUUGACAUGGCCAGAUCUUCUGGAGCAUCCAUGGGUUCAUGAAGGAGUUGUCUUUGUGCAGCAGUCUCUUAAUGGUACACCUCUUACAAAUCCCUUGACAUUAUCCCAGCAGCAAGUAAAAGAACAACAGAGGAAAGAGCUGGUGCAACGUGCUGCAGGUCAGCCUAGGGUAAUAGGAAAAGUUGGAAUGAAGAAAACCCCUUCACCUACAAAAGUUGAACUUCCACAGCUGGUAGCAGAACCAGCUACAAUCAUCCCAGGUGCUGUUAACACUAGUCUUGUAGCUAGACAUGCUGCUGCAAGUGAAGCACUUCAGAAUGAUAAGGAGGGACAUGGAGAUGUGUUACAUAUUGAUUUAGAUGUUUUAAAGAGACUUGAAGCUGUGCAUCUUGAAGCAGGUAAAGCAGGAAACUUAAAUUCAAGUUCUUCCCCAAAUCUAAUGAGACGCAGAGGGAGAGAAAGAAUGAUUGAGGUGCAUUUAUCAAGUUCAAGUGAUGGAACAGUGCAGAGUAGUGUUGAUUUGCAACAUAACACAGAUGCUUUGCAUACUACUCUUGUUGAAGUUGAAGUCCAUAAAAGUGCUAUUUCUGAUACUGUAACUGGUGCUGCUGAUAUAACAGAUAUGGGUACUGACGCAAGGUGUGCAGUUGGUGCAUCUGUGAGGAAAUUAAGUAGUGUAUCCCAAGAACCUGGAUUUAGAGAAGAGGAUGUGAAUGACUUUAAAAAUUGUGGGCCAUUACCUCUAGAAGAUCGCAAAGAUAGCAUGGUCAACUACCUGGCAAAUUCGGUUGACUCAUCAAGGCGAGGGAGCCGGCCUUCCAAUGCCAUGCUUGAACUUGUGCAAGAUGGUCGUCCAAGUCUUCCAAAUAUCAAUGAGGAAAGUUUUACUCCAUUUACACAGGACAGAGCCCUAACUGUUAUGAGUGGUAAAACAAGUAGUGCUGUUGUUUUUACAUUACACAGUUUUAACUCUGAAGACAAGCCUAUUGAAACAGAAGAGUGGUGCAGAUUUUUAGACAAAACACUUGCAGAUGUCCUUAAUGGAAACUACAGUGUAUUUCUUGUACAAAAUGAACUUUCCAUGUUUAUUGGUCCCCUAAGAAAUCAGAUGUGUUCCUUACAAGUUACAAACAAAAUAGCAACACUUCUCAUGUUACCAUUCACAAUGGAAGAGACAAAAGACAAUCUUAGAGACAUUGUCAAAGUUUACCUUGAAUGUAAGGUUGUGCCAAAUUUAAUAUAUGCUUGCAAACUCAUUUUCAAAAUAGAGAGUCACAAGGUAAAUAGGACAGUGGACUUUGACAAGGACCAAAUUGAUACAAUGGGUCAGCUCACGAUGCUCAUAUGUCAUCUUGUUCAUGUCGAAACUGACUUCAUCUUACAGUUUUGCGACUGUGUUUGUGUUCUUAACGCCUUUGCAGUUAUAGCAAAGAUACUUACCCUGGAUAAUAUAUUACCAGAAUUAGUAGCGGACAUGCUGGCCAUACUGAAUCAAGUCCUUCGAUUAACACCAGAGAACAGAUCUGUUGUCGAGCAAAUCCUUGGCACAAGUGAUUCUUUGUUGUUACUUCUUGGAACACUCAUCACGCACAAGCUACCUUUGGUUCGUUCAAGGCUCUGCACGCUGAUUGGAUAUCUUGCCAAAUGUUGUCCACACAUAGCCAAGUUAUUUGAGGGUCAGCACAAGUUAUUAUGUGACUUGAUAAAUCUAGAAAGUGAUAUUGUUCCACAAGUCAGAAAAACAGCUUCAUUUGCUGUAUCUUGUCUUCAGGCUUAUACAGAAUUGAUGCCAGAAGAUUCAUGUAACUAAUGCUAUGUACUGUGAUCUCAGAUAAGAAAAAUAUGUACAUGUGAAGUAAGGUCAGGACACAAGUUUUUAUUUGUAUAAAGAGAUACAAUAUGAAUAACGGUUCAUGUUUUUUUGCAAAUUCUCAUGUUCUAUGAAAUUAAGGAAUGCCAAAAUUUUAGUAAUAAAGGUUUGUUUCCAAAAGAAAUAUAACCAGCAGUAUAGUACAAAUCAUACAUUACUUCCUUUAUCCAGGUCAUUUCUUUAUCGUGUUAGGGAAGAAAGCAAUCUUUGAUGGACUUUGAAGGUUACGAGAAAUAUCACUUGAUUUGAAGUCCUCUUCCAUUAGUAUUAAUGAUGUAAAAUUGCUGUUAGAACACUUCAUUUUUUAAAAGAUAUUCCCACAGUCUUGUGAUAUGUAUUAUGGGAUUUAUUUUUGUAUGCCGUAAUAAAAAAAUAUAUUUUUACAAAGGAAA